CAGAACGAUAGGGAAGUUUUACGGUCCGUCGUUUGAGAGUGUAAAAUUGUGAAUGUGAUUUUACGUUGCCGGUAAAACGAAGUGUUCUAAGGUAGGAAGCGAAAACGAAACGAGACGAACCAACAUACGCAUGCAACGAGUGGUAAAACGACGCGUUGAAGCGAAUACCGGAAUCGGAAGUGAAGUGUUGUGAAUAAAGUGAAUUGAAGAGGAUACAGAAUAAUCAAAGCGCCAACCAACCAACCAACCACCCACCCACCGCCGUUUUGUGAGUGUGUUACAUAUUUUGCUUUGCACAAGGAAGUGUGGUGAAUUUUGAAAUGUAUUGAAUACACUUCGCGUGAUAGUUGAUAUGUAUAGUGCCGGGCAGUGAUUCGGGUGCCGAUUGCAAGUACCAUACAUACCGAGAAAUAGUUGGAUGCCUAGCUGACUGCAACGCAAGCAAACUGGUCCAUGCGUGCACAUAAUUAGCAAAUGUUUGCACGUUUACGUUGUCAGAAGAACGUCAGCAGCUGACCGUGUUGGACCACUAACAGCACGGCAGCUCCGACCCCAGUCUGGGGAAACACUUUUGUCAAGUCGAUGUCAAAAGCGUGUUGUGCGAAAAAUAUUGGCUAAUCACAUUUUUGAUUUGUUGUACGUAAUUGUAUGUGUGCUUAGGCUGACUGACCUGUCAGUUUUUGUCAGCAGCACACAAAAACACACACUGCUCGCGUACACAUUACGGACAGCUGUUGCGCACUUGUGCCGCUUGUUUGGUAUUCAGAGUCGUCAACGCCUCACUGCCGUCUGUGUGGUCGCGCAAGACCGCAGACUAGGGAAACGCUAGACAGUGUGACGCCAUUGUGCCAAAGGCGCAGUGCAUGCAAGUGAGUAUCACAUAUGGCUGUGUUGUUUUGAAUGACGCGGUUGGGUUGAGUGAGUGCCGGACAAUUUCCAAACUCAUUAAGUGUACAAAGGAAGAGUAUUCUCUGCAAAGUGUCGUGGCGUGUAUCGAAAAGUUAAUCUUCGCGACGCGCGUGGGCCGCAGCUGAUAAGCAACGUGUGUCAAGUCAAUCACAAGCGCGAUAUUUCAUUGCAAGAAGCAGCGUUCAUAGCAGCGUAUCCUCUCAAAAGGGGCUGGCCUGUGGUACGCGGGGCCAGGAUUUAUGCUUGUUCGGGCGGUAGACGCGUCUAUGCAAAUUGGGUAACGUGUGUGUUCUCAUAACCGUGUUGCAUUAUACUACAAAAUUGGUUGGCCGCAAGCGCGGAGGUGUGAAUGCAAUUCCGGCCGGUAUAGCAGAAAGCACAUUUUUCAUUUUUCUUGUGCCGCGCGCGCAUUAAAUUGCUACUCCACUUUUCGAUCCGUUCAUUGGUUUGGUCGCAGUGCAUUCCAGUGUUGCUUGUGUUGUGUCUAUGUCGGAUUUGUUUUUCUGUUCGCGCUAGCUGCAGACGUCGUUCGUCGCUCUAUACCCCAUUGGGCAAUUAGCGUGCAUUCGUGUUGUCGUUUAAUUAAAACUAAAAAUUCCACUGGAAUACAAAUUAGCCGGAGGGUCGUAUGUACGAGGCCGUGGUUGCAUGCAGCACGUGCUCAGGCCACUGUCUUGGUCGUUUCGUUUUUGUUGCCGUUGUCACAAAUGCAAAGUGCAUACUACACUUGCCUACUCGCCAACUUGCCUAGCAGUGUUGCGUGCUGGCCAACCGCUAACUGAAAAUAAAAACAACCAAAGCCCCCAACGGCAGUGAAGAAUAUUGCUAAUAGGAAGUGUUGCAAGUGUUAAUCGGGCGCGUGUGACUUGAAUACGUGAAAAUUCGCCUUGUUGUGUUGCAUGCAACGCAUCUAGGUAUACACCGACCAGCCACAAAAUAAAAAAAUACAAAAAAAUAAUCAGCAUAAUAGAAUAAUGCGCACCAGUGAAACCAUGUUGGCGACAACAACACCGCACACCGCCGUCAAGCCGCCUACAGAGGCAUGCACAUCGUGCAAACGCUACCAGUCAUUGUCUGCAUCUGCAUUUGUAUGCUCGGCUAUGCGCUGCACCCAGCUGUGGCUGCCUCCUCCUCCUCCUCCUCCAGCUCUGCGCAUUCCAACAGCGAUCCCUGCUACUUCGAAGGCAAGCCACGCAAAUGUCUGCCCAGUUUUGUGAAUGCGGCCUACGGGAAUCCCGUUCAGGCGUCCAGCGUUUGUGGCGCGAACAAGCCCGAGCGCUUCUGCGAAAAUCGCGAUGGUUCGCUGAGCGAGUGUGACAUGUGCGACAAUACCAAGCCCGAAUCGCGUUUUCCCGCUAGCGCGCUAACUGAUUUGAAUAAUCCCAAUAAUGUGACGUGUUGGCGUUCGGCUAGCGUGCCUGUGCCGGCUGAUUUAGACACUGCGCCGCCAGACAAUGUCACGCUCACCCUAUCCUUGGGUAAGAAAUAUGAAUUGACCUAUGUGAGUUUGUCGUUCUGUCCAAUCCCACGUCCCGACUCGUUGGCCAUUUAUAAGAGCUCCGAUUUCGGACAAACUUGGCAACCUUUUCAAUUUUACAGUUCACAGUGCUUGAAAUUCUACGGACGUCCAGAUCGCGCCAAAAUCAGCAAAUUCAAUGAGCAAGAAGCGCGUUGUAUAGAUUCACAUCGCGAUGGUACAACCAACCGGUGCUUCAAUACACUUGAAGGUCGUCCCUCGGCCAAUGACUUGGACGCAUCACUAGUGUUGCAAGAUUGGGUUACCGCCACAGAUAUACGUGUUAUUUUCCAUCGACUCGAACUGCCACGUGAAUUGGCUGCGGCACAGGCAAAGGAUGCGGCUAAACCAGAUGCGAAUAGCUUUAGCGAUGAGAUGGGCAGCAGCCAGGAAGAUGAAGACGAUGAGGAGGAGGAUGAUGAGUACGACUACAAUGUACAAGGCAAUGAUAGCACUUAUGAAGAUGAAGAAUAUGCGGCCGAGCCCAAAAAGCAUUUGGAGCUGGACGAUGAUGAUGAUUUAGAUCUUGACUAUCCGAACGAUGGCAGCAGCAGCAGCAGCGGCAUCAGCAUCGUGCCAGAGGUCAAACGCCAUAAUACCAAGACUAAAUUGUCGGCUUACGAGAAGCAUUACCAAGCUAAAUCCGCGCUUGCUGCAGCGGCAGCAGCUGCGGUUGCCAGCACCACAAAAGCGGCCACCACAACAGUGGACAAACAAGUCGACGUCGGCAGUGAUGGCAAAGCAACAUUCAAGCCCAGCGCUAAGGAGCUAUUGGCCGUAUCGCAGCACUAUGCUGUCUCUGAUUUUGCGGUCGGUGGGCGCUGCAAGUGCAACGGGCAUGCAUCUGAAUGUGUGGCAACAGUGAGUCCGAAUGAUGCCCUUCCACAUGUAUACAAUGCUGGCGAUGAUUUCGAUGGCGCUGUUUCCACAGUGCUCGUACAUAGCUACAGCAAUAGCAAUAACAAUAAGAACAAUGCGAAUGUGAAUGUCAAGUUGACAAUGACGUGCGCUUGCAAGCACAACACAGCCGGACCGGAAUGUGAACGCUGUAAGCCGUUUUACUUCGAUCGUCCAUGGGGACGUGCAACGGACACCGACGCCAAUGAAUGCAAAAUGUGUCAAUGCAAUGGACAUGCGCGUCGUUGCCGUUUUAAUUUGGAACUUUACAAGCUGUCUGGCCGUGUUUCGGGAGGAGUCUGCUACAAUUGUCAACACGACACCACUGGCCGUUAUUGUCACUACUGUCGCGAGGGCUACUACAGGGAUGCUACCAAACCGGCAAAUCAUCGCAAGAUCUGCAAACGCUGCGAUUGCCACCCUGUAGGCUCCACAGGCAAAACCUGCAAUCAUCUAAGCGGGCAAUGCCCAUGCAAAGAGGGCGUAACCGGACUGACUUGUAACCGAUGUGCGCGCGGCUAUCAACAGACCAGAUCCCAUGUGGCGCCCUGUAUAAAAUUACCGACCAAAGCGAAUAUGAUACAAGCGGAGAGUGCAGUGAGCGAGUAUCGCGAACCAGGCGGAGCCGAUGAUGAAAUGAAAAAAUAUUGUGGCAAAUGUAAGGCCAGCCCGAAAAAACUCAAUUUGAAUAAAUUCUGCAUGGAGGAUUACGCCCUUUUGGCAAAAGUCAUUGGGCAUGAUCGCGCAUCACAGGAUAUCAAUACGGAGAAAUUUUCGAUUGAACGACAAAAUGAAAUUUUCAAAUACGAAAUAAAUAUACAAACGAUUUUCAAGCGGAACCCUUUGCAGGGUACGACGAGUUCGCUGCUGGGCAGAGGGCAUAUGAUGUGGCUAGUGCCGCGUAAGAGUCUCGAGUGCCAGUGUCCCAAAAUAAAGUUGAACAAAUCAUAUCUCAUACUUGGACGUGAUGCGGAAGCCGCACCCGGCUAUCUAGCCAUUGGCCCCAGUUCGGUGGUGCUCGAAUGGAAGGACGAAUGGUCGUUGCGCAUGAAACGCUUCCAGCGGCGAGCGCGUAAAUGCAGUUGA